AGAUGGAAGAGAGUGAAAGCAAGAUCGCUCUACUCCUCUCCCAUAUCACGGAUCUCCUGGCAAUGUACAUUGCACAGCAGGAGGACAUCCACAACCUCAACGCCGCAGUUCAAAUGCACAAACGGGCGUUUGAUCAAGUCAACAGCUGCCUCCAGCAGCUGCAGCAACGACCCGUCACCGCCCCCGAUGCCAGCUCCUCCAACACCUCUGAUCGCCUCAAUGCAUUGGAGAUCGACUUCGGAGCCCUCAAGGACGACGUGCAGCUACAACAAACCGCGACGCAACAACUGGAGCAGCAGAUCUGUACUGCCGCCGCCAACCCGAGUCCGACACCACGCGAGUCGACUCCAAAGUUCGAUGAUCAGGGGAUCUUCUGCGAUUCGACGAAGACGAACCCGAUUCCAUGGUUCCGCAAAUUCGAGCUCAAGUUGCAGCUACACCAGGUCGUCAAACACUACUCCAUCUCGAGGUCGUGUCCGGCGUUGGGCAACGCGUUGACUCAUGUCGAGGACAUCCUGACGACAACGGCGGAGCUCUUUGACAAGGCUGCACAGAUUAUUGUCACGGACAAGGAGGCUAAGAACCUCAACCGUUCGUCUGCGGCAGGCCCGAGCAAAGAUCAGCAUCGGCCGAAAGUGGCCGUGGUCGUGGCGGCAAUGCCAACUGACCAAUCUAGCGCGGCCGUGUCUGCCAAUAAAGGGGACAGACUCGCAGCCGCCCGGGAUGGUGGUCGUCCUGGCAGAGGCCGAGGACGCGGCAAACCGAAGACAAACACCACAUUUAUCCCCGGGCCCGGCGCAGCAGCUCUAGCCCCAUUGACCCACUACGGCCUCUCGGAGCAAGCAUACAAGCAACGCACGAGAUACCGCUACUGUCUGUGGUGUAACAACGAUCUCCACGACAGACUUCCCAUAUGGAGCCGAGUUCUCUUCGUACGGAAGAAGAACAAGGAUCUACGAUUGUGCAUCAACUACCGCAAACUCAACGCGGAAACCAUCAAGAAUGCGGGGCCUCUUCCUCGUAUUGAUCCCGACUUCAAAUCGAACUUAGAAAAAUACUUUACGCCACCGAUCCGUUCGAACGAUCACUACAAAUUCGCGUUCAAGACGCGGUAUGGGCAUUUUGAGUGGGUGGUCAUGCCUUUUGGCCUCACCAACGCCCCAACGACGUUUCAAGCGGCAAUGGCCAACGAGUUUCGUGCGAUGUUGGACCGGUUCGUGCUGGUCUACUUAGACGACAUUCUCGUUUAUAGUCGCAUAUUAGAGGAUCAUCUUGAGCACCUUCGACGAGUGUUGGAGACGCUGCGCCGCGCCAAGUACAAAGCCAACCGCGACAAGUGCGAAUUUGUCCGACAAGAGUUGGAAUACUUGGGCCAUUUUGUCACACCGGAGGACAUCAAUCCGUUGUCGGACAGGAUUCAAGCCAUCCAAGAAUGGUCGGAGCCACGGAACGUCAUGGAUGUUCGUUCGUUCUUUGGCCUUGCCAGCUACUACCAACGUUUUAUCAAAGGAUACUCGAAGAUCGCGGCCCACUUGACCAAGCUUCAAUCCGAGGAUCGACCAUUUGACUUCGGAGAGGAUGCGCAAGAAUCAUUUUUGGCUCUAAAAUCCGCGCUAUUAUUUGCGAAGGUCUUGCGCAUAUACGACCCACUAUUGCCAACGUGCGUCACUACGAAUGCGUCCGGCUAUGGCAUCGGUGCCAUCCUCGAACAACACAAUGGUGUGGACUGACACCCGGUCGAGUACUUUAGCAAGAAAGUGCCCGUCGUGCACUCCAUUAAUGAUACACGCAAGAAGGAAAUC